UUCACCGGGCAACCUCUAAAUAUAAGCGUCGCCGCUGUCCACUAAACGUUCUCUCUGCUCCGGUAUUUUUAGGGGACUUUUGGGGAUUUCCGUCUCUUUUGGUUUCGUUUUUAUUUUUCACGCGCUGCACAGAGUGGGCUUCCGUACAGAGCAGCACGAAGACCAGGGAAACCAAACUCCAUCAGCCAUGGCCGCCAUCAGCAGCUCAAACACACUUUUUGCCUUGGAGCUGCUCCGCACUCUGAGCCAAGCAAACCCCACCGGGAAUAUCUUUGUCUCCCCGCUGAGCAUCAGCUCGGCUCUGGCUAUGGUCUACCUGGGAGCCAGAGGAAACACUGCUGCUCAGAUGGCACAAGCCCUGUCAUUCAGCUCAGGUGAAGGUGUCCAUGCAGACUUCGAGACACUAAACGCGGACAUCAACUCACCAUCGGCCUCAUACAUCCUGAAAAUAGCCAAUCGUCUUUAUGGAGAGAAUACUGCCAACUUCCUCAACGAAUUCCUCAAAGCUACGCAGAAGUACUACCAGGCAGACCUGAAGGCCGUAGAUUUCAUGGGGAAUCCAGAGGUGUGCCGAGGGGAGAUCAACAGCUGGGUCGAGGAGCAGACAGAAAAUAAGAUAAAAGAUCUGCUGAAGCCAGGAUCAGUCAGUACAAUGACAAGACUGGCUCUGGUCAAUGCUAUCUACUUCAAAGGAAACUGGAUGAACCGCUUUGAUAAAGCAAACACCAAGGAGAUGCCCUUCAAAGUCAACCAGAAUGAGACCAAGUCAGUGGAGAUGAUGUUCCAGGUGAAGAAGCUGCCCUACAACUACAUCCCCGACCACGGUCUGCAGAUCCUGGAGCUGCCGUACGUGGGAGAGGAGCUCAGCAUGUUCAUCCUGUUGCCUGAAGAGUCCACAGACGGCACUGACCCCCUGCUGAAGCUGGAGAAUGAGCUAACGCAGGAGAGACUGGAUGAAUGGACCAACAGGGAGAACAUGGACGUCCAUUCAGAAGUCCUUGUUCACCUACCAAAGUUCAAGCUGGAGGAAGACUACGAGCUGAACGAGCCUCUGGCUAAACUGGGCAUGACGGACGUGUUCUGCGCAGCAAAGGCCGACCUGUCUGGCAUGAACGGCAAAGCAGGACUCUUCCUGUCUACGGUGGCCCACAAGGCCUUUGUGGAGGUGAACGAAGAGGGCACGGAGGCGGCUGCCGCCACAGCCGGCAUGGUGGCGUUCUGUAUGUUAAGGGAGGAACACUUCACAGCAGACCACCCCUUCCUCUUCUUCAUCAGGCACAAUAAGACCAAAUCCAUCCUCUUCCUCGGCAGGUUCUCGUCUCCGCAAUAGACAGAGCCGGCGGAGGAAGAUGUUGGGUCGCUUCAAAUACAAAAUAUUUUCUGUGAUGUUUUGCUAAUGAAAGGACUCUAUUUUUGCCUGCUUUUGCACUGAAAUCUUAGAUAGGUAUUCAUUAGUGAAGAGGUUGGAGUAUUAUUGAUUCAAUUAAUGGUUUGUAAUUUAAAUAUUAGUAUUGGAAUGACUCAAUCAGCUGCUUAUAUAACACUUUGACUCUGUACGUAAAAAAUACAGAAAUGGAUGUUUGGCUUUUAAAUUGUUAAAAUAGAGACCAUUGCUGCAUUAGACAGUAGGUCCAGUGGAAUAUUUUCACAACAAGGUCUGAGGAUUAUCCACUCUGAUGAAAAACAAGUUGUUGUUGAGCUUUUGAAAAGCCAUUGUCACUGUGUAAAGCACCAACAAAGAAAAUUCCUUUCACCUCUGUUUAAGUGCGUGCUAAGUCCAUGCUUUGUGUUUUGACUAACAGAAUUUUGACUUUUGAACUGAAACUGAAAUAAUAAUAAUAAUUCAAGAAAAAAGAAAACGAAAGAAAAAUGAAUGGUGAUGAACAAGUGAACCAGUAUCUGUUAUUGCUUUGAUAGUAAAUCUAUAGAAGCCAUGUUUUAGUGAAAUGUGUACACACAGUUUUUACUCCUUUUACGGUUAUUUGUUUAAGGCUGUUGCGUAACUCCACCAGGCUGUGAAAGACCACUCUGAAACCCAGAAGUCAAACAUUCAAGUGACACCUGUAAUACUGUAAAGUUCAGAAAAAGUUGUGACAAAGCAUUCCAGCUAAAAAAAAACAUGCAAAGUCAACAGCAAAUGAAUCAUAAACACACCUGGUAACCUCUCAGUGA